AUGUCUUCAACCCUCUCGCUGCCCGUUGGAAACCCCUUGGUCACUCUGACGCACCCAAAGCCUUCUCUGUGGAUUUUGGAACUGCACCAUGGAGUCGACAACCGUCUUACACAGACACUCAUCAACAAGGCUAUAAUGCCUGCACUUGAUGCCGUAGAACGGGAAUGGCGAGUACACCAAAGGGCGUCCGUUGCAAAUAAGAAACCAGAGGAAGGCAAGGGCGCACUCAUUAUAGUCGGAAAGAAGGAUCAGGAUAAAUUCUUCAGUAAUGGUUUGGACUUCGCCGACUCAUUGAAGGAUCCGAACUUCUUCCAGUUGACCUUCAACCCCAUGUUGACACGGUUGUUAACGUUCCCAAUACCUACCAUUGCGGCAAUCAAUGGUCAUUGCUAUGCAGGAGGUUUCAUGCUGUCUUUGGUCUGUGACUACAGGGUUAUGACUGAUGGAAGCUCUCGCAACGCCUGGAUGUGUAUGAAUGAGGUUCAUUUCGGAGCACCAUGGCCCUUGUCCUUCACUGCGAUCUUGACUGCAAAAAUUGGCGACCAUCGACUUCAUCGAAAGAUUGCCCUGGAAGGACAUCGAUUCUCAGCGACCGAAGCCCUACAAGACGGUAUUCUAGAUCACAUAGUCAAGGGGAAAACAGCGGACAUACUCGCGAAAGCCGAAGAAGUAGCAGAUCAAGUUAGUGGCAAUGCUGCCACAGGUGUAUGGGGAUUACUCAAGUUAAAUCUGUACCGUGAUGCAUUGGAAGCAAUGCAAAAGGAUAUCAGAUUGGUGGACACCCGAAUGGACGAUGCUGCUGCGAGAUCGAGGCUUUAG